AGAAGAUGCUCAGACAUCAGGACACAUAGAGAUCCAGCACAUCCUCCAUCGACAGGCUGAGGGAAGCUCAAAUAAAAACAAAUUUAAAAAAGCAAUUCAAUAUUAGGAUGUGCAGAAAUACAUCCUAAUUACUGAUCAGUGAUAAACAAUGGACAGAAGUAUUUUAGUGAAGCUGCUCCUCUUUGCUGCUUGUCUUGCUUGCGCCCACAGUCAGUGUCGGGAAGGUUGGAGGGAGUAUGAGGAUAAAUGUUACUUCUUUUCAAAUGACACAAAGUCGUGGGAGGAGGCGAAUGCAUACUGCAUCGAGCACACCAGCCACCUGAUGAGCAUUCAGGACAUACAUGAAAGGUUAUGGGUGCGAACACAAAUCGGCACAGAGAUCUUCUGGAUCGGCUUGAAUGAUAAGAUCGUAGAAGGUGUCUGGGAGUGGAGUGAUGGGAAACCUUUUAUAGAAUAUUUAUUGUACUGGAUGUCCGGCCAGCCUGAUAACUGGAAUGAUGAGGACUGUGGUGAGUUGGUAGGAGAAAGCUUUGGACAGUGGAACGAUGAAAACUGCAACAGCAAGAGGAAAUACAUCUGCAAAUACAUCAACGCAAAUCCUGCCCCACAGUGUGACUUAGCCAACGGCUGGCGGCAGCACGGCUCCAACUGCUACAAGUUUAAGUCAGAAACCAUGAAGAGCUGGUCGGCAGCCAGACUUGACUGUUUGCAGGAGGGAGGAGACCUGGUUUCUAUAACCUCACUGGAGGAAAAUACGUAUAUGAUGGGAACACUGUCAUCAACACACCUGGACUUCUGGAUUGGGCUCUCCACUCUGAAAUGCAACAAGAUUUCAUGUCAGCUUGAUCCUGCGAACAGCCAGUUUGCCUGGUCUGAUGCAAUGCAGGUGGGAUUCACCAACUGGGAUGGCAACCAGUCAGUAGACCCACAAGUCGGCGGGUGCGCUGCCUUAAUCAAAGACUCGUCGGAGGCAUUUGGAAAGUGGAGGUCCCAUUUGUGCAAAUAUGAGCGUCCAUACAUAUGCAAACGUCUAAUCAGCACUAUCUGUCCUCCGGGUUGGCAGAGCUUUAAGGGAAGCUGUUACUGGAUCGUCAGUAACAUCAAUAUGUUGACCACUUGGCAUGAGGCUGCAACCGCAUGCUCUGGUAUGAGCGCUCACCUGCUGUUCAUUAACAGUCAAGAAGAGCAGUUUUUCAUAAACGGGAAACUUCCAGACUUUCACCAAGUUGACAUUCCUGACAUCUGGAUCGGCCUAUCAGAUAUGUACCAGGACGGAGACUUCAAAUGGACGGAUAAAAGCAAAGUCGAAUUUUCAAAUUACGGAGCUGGCUGGCCCCGAAACACGAUUGACACGUGGGACUGUGGUCAGAUCUUUACAGGGAACUAUGAGGGCAAAUGGGAAACAACCAACUGCUUUAAGAACCUGGGUUACAUCUGUGAGAUGACAGGUGGAAUGAACCCUCAACCCACUGCAUCUCCUGAUGGCCACUGUGACAGAGGAUACCUGCUGUAUAAGGACUACUGCUAUCACUUUGAGAGCGAGCAGGUGAAAAACUGGCAUGAUGCCGAGGCUCAUUGCACCAAAGAGCAGGGUCAUCUGGUCAGCUUUCAUAAUGAGGAAGAGCUCAGUUUCCUCACUGCUCAUAUGCCAGGGGAAGCCUGGGUGGGCUUAAAUGACAUCACAGCUGAAAGCGUUUUCGUGUACACCGAUGGAAGCGCUGCAGACCUCCUCCCCUGGGCGCUCAGCCAACCAGACAACUGGGAAAACAAUGAGGACUGCGUUCACCUGACAGGAAUGACCCACCCUGAUCCUGGGAAGCUUAAUGAUGAAAAAUGCACUGCCACGAAGGAAUUUGUUUGUAAAAAAGCAAAGGGUCAAGGACCUCCUCCUCACCCUCCAACGUCUGGACCAGGAUGGAAUGAGAAAUGUGGCUCUUGGACCCCUGACCCUUUCAAUGACUACUGCUACCUUUUAAACUACCUAUCAAUGAGAACCUGGGCAGAGGCUCGAGCUGACUGUGUCAACCAGGGAGGGGAUCUUCUCAGUAUCACUGAACCCUUUGAGCAGACCUUCAUACAAGCCCUGAUCCAGCAGACCCCAACUGGGAUCUCCCUGUGGAUGGGAGGCCAUGACUCAGUCACGGAGGGUGGCUGGGAGUGGACGGACGGCUCUCCGUUUAGAUACAUCCGCUGGAAUGCAGGUAACCCAGAUGAUUAUCUCGGCGAAGACUGCCUGACGAUACUUAUUAAUAAUGGCUACUGGAAUGAUGACAACUGCGAGAGCAAGAGAGGAUAUAUCUGUAAGCGGAGAGGAAAAACACCUGAGCCUCCUCCCCCACAUGAUGGUUUUAUGACAGCAAUCGUGUGCCAAGGAUCUACUGCCGUCCUCCAUUGUCCACAAGAGAGUGUGAUAAACAUCCAGUCUGCUUUCUACGGCCGAAAGAGCGACGACAUCUGCCCACACUUUGAUGGAUCUGAAGGCAGCUGCACUGUUGAAGGAGUUCUUCCUCAGUACAGAAAGGCGUGUGAUAACCGUCCUUUCUGUUUUGCCUAUGCCUACACCGAGGAGGACCCCUGUCCCACUGUGUCUAAAUAUCUGGAGAUAGUCUAUAGCUGUGAGCAAAAAGUAUGUUUGCACGGCCUGGGUGUCGAGGAUGGGAACAUUACAGACAUCCAGCUUUCUGCUUCUUCUUCCAUCGGCUCCUUUACCGCACAAAAAGCACGUUUGAAUGGAGAUUCCUGUUGGAUGCCCUCAGGAAGUGCAUCUUCAAGCUGGAUCCAAGUGAACCUCGGUCAGAUCAGGAAAGUAACUGGGAUUGUAAUCCAGGGUUGUCCUCAGAGUGACCACUGGGUCACUAAAUUUAAGCUGCAGCACAGUGUGGAUGGAACAAGCUGGAAGGAUUACUCAGCUGAUGGAGAAUUUUUUCCAGGUUCAACAGACAGAAAUAUCCCUGAAACUCAGCUGCUUGGCACACCAGUGUCCGCUCAGUAUGUCCGCCUCCUUCCAGUGGAGUUCAACGGUCAAGCGGGCCUCCGGUUUGAUGUCUUGGGAUGCACACCUGACUAUGCAAUUACAUGUGCCGACAAGCCCAACUUCAGUUCUGGCCAUGAUAAAAUGACGGUGCAUUGCCAAGCAGGCUGUGCCAAAGCAGAUUACCAGGUGUAUGGCACAUCUGUAUAUCGUGGGGACUCAAACAUCUGUGCAGCAGCCAUCCAUGCAGGAGUUGUUCUCAAUGAGAACGGAGGAGACUGCACCUUAAUAAAAGCUCCAGGACAAAACUUUUAUCCUGGCUCCACCAAGAACGGCAUCACCUCCAGGCAAUUUGAUGGAGACUAUGAAGUCUCGUUUUCUUUUGCAAAUGGGGAGCUGAGAUGCUCUGGACCUGACUGGUAUGAGUUUGGAGAUUUCUGCUACAAACCUUUUGGAGACAAAAAGACUUGGCAUAACGCCCGGAGCUCAUGCAGGAAUCUGGGUGCUGACCUUGUUUCCAUCCAGUCCAUGAAAGAACAGAGCUGGGUGGAAAGUUACCUAUACAUGGCCACCAGUAAUGUGUGGACUGGUCUUAAUGACCUGGCCAUCCCCGGUCUGUUCAUGUGGUCUGAUGAACACAUAGUAACUUUUACCUACUGGGCACCAGGAGAGCCCAACAAUCAUAAUGGCUUCAGUGAGGACUGUGUCGAGAUGUUACAUCAGACUGGCAGAUGGAACGAUAAAUCCUGCACACAGCUUAACAACUAUGUAUGCAAAAUGCCCAAAGCACACUACCCACUCCCCUCAGUCCAGCCCACCAUUUAUGGAUGUCCUCAGGGUUGGGAUGCAUAUGGCUACUCAUGCUACUGGAUGGAAGAGACGGCCAGGAGUUGGUCUGAUGCUAAAGCCUUCUGUAAGGAGAAGGACGGCUUCCUGCUGCACAUUGGAAACAUCUAUGAGCAGUCCCAUUUCACAGUGGCUCUGACUGGAAGGACUGGCUUCUGGUGGAUGGGGCUCCGUGCCCAAGGAGACUUAAGCGGAGGGGUCGACUACGUGUGGGACAACGGUUUACCUUUGACCUUCACUCACUGGGACCAAGACCAGCCAGAUGCUGAGGAUGGUACCUGUGUGGCUAUGACGACGGGUCAGAUUGGUGGUUUCUGGGAUGACAAACCCUGCUCAGAGGAGCACGCCUUCAUCUGUGAAAAGUUCAGACCUGAUAUCACCCCACCUACCGAGGCUCCAACCCCUCCUCCUUCACAGGGCUGCGCUGAUGGCUGGACAGCUUUGCCCCACUUCAGGAACUGCUACAAGCUUUUCCACAAUGUAGACUGGUCCCAGAAGAAGAGCUGGGGCACUGCAUAUGAAGACUGCAUAUCCAGAGGUGCUAAUCUGGUCAGUAUCCACAAUCAGGAGGAGGAAGAGUUUUUGUCUCUGUACACUAAAGGCAGCACUAAGUGGAUCGGCCUCAAGCACAACCCUAUUGAAGGUGGCUAUUCCUGGAGUGAUGGAACACCACUGUCACACACAAACUGGGGUUAUGGAGAGCCAAAUAACCACGAAGGCCGUGAGGAGUGCGUGGAGAUGGUGAGCAGCACCAACGGAACCUUCUCCUGGUGGAACGACCUCAACUGUGAUGCACAUCAGGAUUGGAUAUGCAUGAUUACCAAAGGAAAAACUCCAGUCAUUCCCCCAGCACCUCCAUCUCCUGUUCCAGCUCCUGAGUGUGGCUCAAAUCCUGGCUGGAGGAAGAACGGUGACAUCUGUUACUACUACAACGACACAGAUAUAGUUGACUUCCACACAGCCAUGAUGCGCUGCUAUGCAGAGAAGGCUCAGCUUGUGUCGAUCCUCAGCAAAGAUGAACAGGCAUAUGUUAACAGCAUGGUGGGGACAGGGAAGAUAGCUGCAGCCUGGAUCGGCUUGAGGAUGUUUGGCAUUGCAAGUGGACAGUACAUGUGGGUCGACUCUUCCCCUUUAACCUACACCCACUGGUCUCCGGGUGAGCCAAACAAUGCCAACGGGGAGGAACAGUGUGUCCAGAUGAACAGAAAUCAAGGUGGAUGGAACGAUGCCAACUGUGGCCGAGCUGGAGCGGGUUAUGUGUGUAAGAAGUUUCCUGGAGACAUCCACACACCUCCUCCCCCCACACAACCCUGGGAGGGCAACUGUCCUGCAGGAUGGUUACGUUUUAAGGACAAGUGCUUCAUGUUCAAAGGGAAGAAAGAUGAACUGAAAGCGAACUGGUCUUAUGCUCGAAGCUGGUGCAAAGAUCAAGGAGGAGACCUGGCAAUUAUUGAUAACCAGUAUGAGAAUGACUUUGUGGCUAGUUACCUUAAAGACUUGAAGCUCCCGACUUGGAUCGGUCUGUCAGAUCUUUUAGUGGAGAAUCAGUACGCCUGGUGUGAUGGGGUCAGUCCAGUGCUGUACACCAACUGGAAUGAACAUGAGCCCAACAAUGUAGGAGGAACGGAACAUUGUGUGGCCAUGACUCAUGGCCCUCUCUCUACCGGCAAGUGGAACGAUGACGCCUGCCACAAAGAUCAUAGCUUUGUCUGCUACAGAAAGAAAUCAAGCAGCAUUGAACCUCCUCCUCCUACCAAAAGCCCCUGCCCAGCUGACUACAUCUCCUGGUACGAGAACUGCUACAAGCUGGUUGAGGAACCGGCUACCUGGGAUGAAGCUCAGACAGCCUGCGAAGAGCAGGGCGGCAACUUGGCCAGCAUUGACAUGAGCUAUGAUCAGGCCUUUGUGGCUGGAGUCGUCCUGCAGGGAAAGGCAGAUGCCUGGAUCGGAUUAAGGCGCAAGGAGGAUGGCUCCUACACGUGGACAGAUGGUUGGCCAGUUUUCUUCACGCAGUGGGGUCCAGGGGAGCCCAGUAACAUCAAGGAUGAGGGAUGUGUCAGCAUGCAUGCUUCCAUCUGGUUCCAUGGGACCUGGAAUGACACCAAGUGUGACCAGGCAAAGUCUUACAUCUGCAAGAUCUCCUCGGCAAAACCGCCUCCGACUCCCAGCCCUGGCGAUGGGAAGUGUUUGCCUUUCUGGGUUCCCUACGGCCAUUACUGUUACUUUGUGUACGAUGGGAAGGAGGCCUUCUCCUGGAAUGAUGCCCGACACUUAUGCCAGUCAUACAAUACUGAGCUGGUAUCCAUCCACAGCAGAGCAGAGGUGGAGUUCAUCAGGAACUUAAACUACACCAAACACCACAACAUCUGGAUCGGUCUAACCCGGGACGGAAACUUUGGUUGGGGGUGGACAGACAAGACAUCCUUGGGAUUCCUUAACUGGGCUCAAGGUGAGCCCAACUCUGCCUUCCAUCCCGGGGAUAUCGCUGAAGAGAACUGUGUGGAGAUGUAUCCAGACGGGCACUGGAAUGACAACAACUGCCUGCAGAAGAGAGGCUUUGCCUGUCGCCAUCGCCAGUAUCAUACAACGGAUGAAAAUAAAAAUCCUAUUUUCCCCACUGAUAGCCCAGGUGCAAACAAUGGGCUGAUGGUUGGCGCUACCAUCGGAGCAAUCGCCUUCUUCUCCUUGAUAGCUGGAUUGCUGUUCUAUGUCUUCAAAGUGCGGGGAUAUAAACUGAGCAGUCUCACUUUGCCGACGAGAACGAGUACCAACAUCGAUGUGCCGGCUUUCAGCAACCCCAACUUCAUAGGAGAAUCGGAUACGUGAAGCUUCCCUGUUCUCUGCUUUUCAAAGAGAAUAUUUUUAAAAAUCCUGGUGGUUUAAAAAUUAUUUUUCUUUUAGGAUUAAGCAGUAUUAUGGAUAUCUUAAAACAGCUAAAAAUUUGUAAUAAUAUCAUUUGCUUUUCUUUCAAGUGAUGAGAAUAUUACUAAGAUUUGUAACCUCAAAAAUUGUAAAACGUUUAAUGUCACCUUUGCUCCCUUCAGUAUCGACCAUUACACAUAAAAAAAAAAAGAUUUUUAAUCAAUUUUUUUAUUUUCUUUUGAAAAUCCUUCAAUUUAAAAGUCUUGCUUUUUCAACCUCUAAUUAAUUAAAACAGUUUGAUCCCAGACAGAUUUUAUUGUGAUAUCUCAGACUACUCUACAUUUUUGGACCUUUCUCAUAAUAAAAUACUAGAAUUUGAGUCUUAGCAUCAGCAUCAACAUUAAGGAGCCCAAGUUCAUUCCUAGAGAUGUUUUUACCAACUUAAUAAAAGAAAAACGCAUUAUCUCCCUUAUGAAAAUUGUCAUCUUUAUGAAAAUGUUAUUUGAAGCUUUUGGUAUAACCUUUAAAAUUAUAUCAUUAUUUUGUUCAAAAUAAAGCAGAGAAAGCCUCCCUCCCCCAUCAA